CCUUUGGAUUCAUAAAUUAAUUUCUCUCUACAUUUGAUGCUCUUUAUAUAUAUUAUUUAUUAACAUUACAUAUUCCAUAGGCUUAUAUAUAACCUAUUAACCAUUACAUAUCUCAAUUUUCAAAACUCCCUACAAUUUUGUUCCCCAUCUUGUCCUGGCAAACGACCACUCUGUUCUUCAUUUUCAGAACACAUCUAAAACCCUCCGUAAAUUUCAGCAAUUUCUCACUCAGACAGUCACACCCUUUUGUCUCCAUUGUAUGUUGGAGAAAACAAUUGGUGACUUCGCAAGCCAAACGCUCCUAGGAGGUAACUAUUUUUAUAAACAAAACAGAGCAUAGCAAUAGAAUGUAUCGCCCUCUUUUUUUGCCCUAAACACUAAUCAACUUUGAUUGAUUGCUUAUUCCCUGUUUGUUUUUCAAAGUAAAUAUAUUCAUUUCUGUUGUACCUUAAUUGUGCCCUCCAAAAAAAAAAGGUGAAUUUUUUUUUGAAGUUAAUGGCAGGAUGGUCAGUUUUAAAAGAUGGGUUUGCCUUAAACAAUCUUGAAUUUGACCUUGAUUCUUCAUUUGAAGGUGGUGGUGUUGAUGGUUGUAGUGAUAGACUGAGAAGGUUGUUUGACCAAGUGCUUUUGGUUUUUUUGAGAGAGGUGUCUGUAAAGAAAUGUGUUCGGCCCAUUCCGGCAUUGCUUGGUGAUGGGCGAUCUGUGGAUUUGUUUAAACUUUUCUGGGCAGUGAAAAAAAGAGGUGGGUUUGAUUUGGUGACAAAGAAUGGUUUGUGGUCUCCUGUGGCAACAGAGUGCAGGUUGGAUGUUGGGGUUGUAGUGUCAAUAAAAUUGGUUUAUUUGACAUAUUUGGAUGGUUUGGAUCAAUGGGUAAAGAGAGUCUUUAAAGAUAAGAGUUUGAAAAAUGGAGAGAGUGAAGUUGUUGGGAAGUUGGACUUGUUAUCGUUGGAGUUAGAGAGGGAUUUCAGAGGUAUAUUGUCGAAUGGAUCUCCACUGAAGCACAAAGAUGGUAAAGUUGUUGAAUUUGAAUCUAGCAAAAAUGCCGACUACAUUGAUUCGGAUAAUUAUAAUAGGGAAAUGCAUUUGUCAGAUGCCGGAAACAUUAAUAAAGUGCAUGACAAUGCACAGAGAAUUCCUAAUGAUGAUGACAAAAGAUUUUGUGUCGAUAAUGAUAAUGGUGUGGUGGUCUCAGAUACAGGUAGUGAUAAGAAAGUAUCUAAUUCUCAAAAGAGGAAACGAGAAUCCUUUUCUUUGUCGGAAAUGCUGAAUUGGGUGAUGCAGGUUGCUAAGCAUUCCUAUGAUCCUGCAUUCGGUAGAACACCCGAGUGUUCUAAGUGGCACGAGGAUGCAAGAGAGGAUUUUCGGGCCCAGGUUUUGUUGGCAAGGGAGGCACUCUAUAUAAAAAGGCAAGUUAAUCCUCGCAUUGAAGAAUCCCUCUUGCAGAAGAAGAUGGAGAUGCAUCCUUCCACGUACGAGGGCAAUGAUGUUCUCAAUCACCAAUCUGUAGAGGGAUUAAGAUGCAGCAAAAGGCUUCCUUCGAUGACAAAAGCUCACUUUUGUCCUUGUUGCAACUCAAUCUCAGCCACUCAAAGUAAACCUGUAAGUCCUCUCAAGUCAAAAGUGGAGAGUCGGCCAAAGGGGCAAGCUGUUGCGGUUGCUGAGAUAUUGUCUGAAAAUAGAAUAGAUGGUAUGUCCGUGGAUGAGCCCCCAGAGAAGCAUGUUUCUGUAGGCCCUCUCUUUCAAGCUGAAGUCCCUAAGUGGACAGGUGUGGUUUCAGAGAGUCAUUCGAAGUGGCUAGGCACAACGAUUUGGCCUUUGGAAGAUGUAAAACACAAUUCUUUUAAUGAAAUGGAUCCCAUUGGGAAGGGAAGACAAGAUUCCUGUGGCUGUCGUCUUCCAGGUUCUGUUGACUGUGUUAGAUUUCACAUUGCUGAGAAGAGGAUGAAAUUGAAGCUUGAAUUGGGUUUGGCGUUCUAUCAUUGGAGGUUUAAUCAUAUGGGUGAGGAAGUUUCACUUUCAUGGACAAUUGAAGAAGAAGAGAGAUUCAAGAGAGUGGUAAGAUCAAACAGUCAAUUCCUCAACAAAUGUUUGUGGGACAAUGCAUCCAAGUUCUUUCCUACCAAAACAAGGGAAAAGUUGGUGAGCUACUAUUUCAAUAUAUUUCUUGUACAACGCCGAAGCUAUCAGAACAGAGUGACUCCAAAAGACAUUGACAGCGAUGAUGAUGAAUCGGAGUUUGGAUGUAUAGGUGGCAGUUUUGGUUAUGAUGCAGUGAGAAUUCCAGGCUCCAAAUUAGUAAUAUGCACCCUGAAUAAGCAGUGCACUGAUUUGGAGUAAUGCAUUAAAAGUUAGUGGCUCAAUCCAGGGGCGUUCAAAUGAAAGCGGCUUUUACCCAACUUUGCUUGUACUAUUUACUAGAGAAUGAUUCUGCUUCUUUGCCUUCACAGACAAUCACUGCACUUCAACAAUUUUGAUGGACUGAGAAUAGAAGUUUAGACUUGAGAGAGAACUAUAGAGAGAAGUUGCACCAAUCUGGUGGUGGAAGAGGUUGACCUGGUUGGGUUCUUGAUGCUCCUGGAUGGUCGAAGCGGAAAGGGCUUAAAUUUUGAGGUGGUACUGGUAAAGUGCCUUUAGUUUUUGUGAUAUAGAUCAGAAAAUUGUAGCGCUGAUCUCGUUGUAUUGUGAAUAUUUGUUGUGUGAUGCAUACAACAUUGUCCAAUAUGUUUUUGAGUAUCAGAUACAUGUACUUUAUAGACAAAAAUAGAUACAAAUUUUCUUUUUGCCAUCUAAAUGAGGCACUUGUCCAUUUAGUUUGUCAAUGUCCAAGGAUGUUGCUUUUGUAUCAGGAAUUAUAGUUUAUGGGACUCCCUCCAUUUUUUACCCUCUUUUUUUUCAAA